AUUUUAAAUAAUUUCCAGAUAUUUGACAGUCAAAUGCCAUCAAACAAAACACUUUCCUCUCAAAAAUGCUCUUCUUUGCCAACUAAGGAAGCUCCAACAGUUGUACGAACAUCCGGUCCUUUUGCUACUAUUUACCUUCGAAUAGAUGGGCAACAACAACAAAUUUUUAACAAAAAAUGUGGAACUUCCUGUACAUCUAUCGGUUUCUCUAUUGUUUACAAAACAAUUGAAUUGCCAACUGGCUGUGGAGGCAAAAUACAAGCAGAAGAAUCUUCCUCAUUACUUCAAUCACCUAAUUAUCCACAUAUUUAUUUUCCUAAUUUGGAUUGUCUUUGGAUUAUACAACCAAAAAUUAUUUCAAAAAAUAAUACAGAUAAUGAUGAGAAUAAUAAAUUAAUAAAUAAUAAUGAGGGGAAUGAUGGUGAUGAUCCUUAUCUGGCUGAUCAAAAAGUGGAGAUUUUCUUUGAACAUUUUGAUGUGCCUACAACUGUUACUCAGUAUUCAAAUCCCCUCCUUCGCCAUGUAACAAUAAAUUCCUGUGUUGGAGAUUCUCUACAAAUUGUUGAGAAAGAAUUAACUUAUUGCAAUAUGCAAAAACCUUCACUCAAUUUGCCUAUUGUAGCUCCUUAUCUUUCUUUAAAAUUCCACUCUGAUUCUUCUAUUGGUGGAUCUGGAUUUUCUAUACGUUAUCGUUCUGUUUGUCAAAAGGAUUUUACUUUGCCAAACGGCACAAUAUCUCCUCCAAACUAUCCCGGCCCUUCAUCACAACCCUUUAAAUGUACUUAUAGAAUUAUUGCAAAGCCAAGUCAGGCUAUUCGUUUACGUUUUGACAAAAUUGGAUUUACUACAAGUUUUGGUACUUGUUUCUACAAUACCCGUCAAAAUAAUCCACAAAUUCAAGAUUAUGUUGAACUUUCUGGAGGCCAUUCAUCUAAUGAAGUGGCGAAUAAACGUUAUAUUUGUCCUCGUUACCCUUUUGUGGCGCCAGGAGGAGAAAUUGUGACUAGUGGAAUAAAACCGUUUUCUAUUACAUAUAGUACAAGUGGUUCUCCGACAAACAAAGGUUUUCUCUUUUAUUAUGAAACAUUUAACGUUGGUUGUGGUGGUGUUUUUACAAUAAAUGAAAACGGAGAACAAAAAAUUACAAUAACUAGUCCAAACUAUCCAGAACCUUAUAUUCCAUUUAUGUAUUGUGUUUAUUUCCUUCGAGUACCAAUUGGAAAAGCUGUCCGUCUUAGUUUUGAUGUUUUUGAUAUAGAAAAUGUUGCCCAUAGGGAUGAUUGCGAUUUUGAUAAUGUUAGAGUUUUUGAUACUUAUACUGACGAUAAUGAACAUGGACAGUUACUUGGAAAAUUUUGUGGAAAAUCCUUACCACCUCCAUUAAUUUCCAAUUCUGGGCAAAUGGCUGUUGUUUUCAUUAGUGAUCGGUCUGUGAGCGGUUCUGGUUUCUCAGCAAAAUUCCAAGCAAUUGAUUUGACUUCACAUUGUGACAGAACAUUUACAGCAUCCUCAGGGGAAUUUGUUUUUGAUUUUAGAAAUUUUGAGCAGAAUGAAUAUUGUAAUUAUAAAAUUCAAAUUUCUUCAAAUCGCCGUAUUCUUUUAAAUAUUUUAAAUAUUUCUUCUCCUUGUGAUUACGGAACUUUAAUGGUUCGGAAUGGCCCUUCAGAAUCCUCUCCUGGGUUUGCUGGACUUUAUGGAGAUUCUGAAAUUUGCAAUGAGAAUCCAAUAAAGCAAUUAAUCUCUCAAGGAAAUCGUCUUUUCCUUCGUUUUCGUUCAAUAACUAAUAAAGCAAUUAAGUUUGAAGUAAAAUACGAGCAAUAUGAAGCUGGCUGUGGUGGUCACAUAACAGGAUUUAGUGGAGCUAUUUCAACACCACAAUAUCCCUAUAAAGAUUCUCAUUCACUCCGUUGUGAAUGGUUGUUAGCUGUAGCCUCUGGAAAUAAAAUUCAAUUCCAAAUAAUUAAAUUAGACAAUCUAGACUCUGAAGAUUCUGACGGGAAUUGUUCCCCUUUUAGUCGAAAUUUAUUAGAACUUUAUGAUAUAAAAUAUGGAGGGGAAAAUAGUAAAAAUGAACAUUUAAUUGAACGUUAUUGUAAACAAGAAACAACAAAUCCAUUACCGAUAAUCUCUUCUAGUAAUUCUCUAAAUGUUAAAUUCUCCCAACAUGGGGGUUCUCAUCAUUCACCCAUUUUUGGAUUUUUAGCUGAAUUUUCUACUGUUUGUACUGAUAUUGUAUUGGAAGGAUUACAUGGAACAUUACAAUCACCUGGAUAUCCACAACGAGUACUCUUACCUAGAAGUAAAUAGAUUAUUAGAAAAUAUUUUUAAAAUUAGUCCUAGACUUUUCUUAAGUGAAAAUUUUUUGGAAAUUUUAUAAUUUUUUUGAUAGAGCUCCUCGAGCUGGGUUGAGUGAGAAUUUACACAGAUUUUUCUAGUUAAUUUGAAUUGAGAAAAAAAAGAAAAAAGAUAAUGUUUUUUCAUAUGAUUUUUUUGGCAAAAACUCCGACCCGAACCCCGAAGGCGCUACC